AUGGUUCCAGACCCAAGCAAUAUCCCUUGGGGGUUUCUGGGAAAUCUGUCCAGGGAACAGGAGAGAUGCUUGCAGCAACUCUGGUCCUUGGUUCUCCGUCUUGAAGAUGCCGCCUCUUUCAGAGACCUCGAACGAGUCUUCCGGGCCAACAGUGCGGAACAGAAUGGGUCAACCUCAGUUUCGUCAUUUGCGCGCCGAAACUCGCUGCUGGCUCGGACCGAUUCCAUCCUGUUGCGCAGGACCAGCACCGCGUCUUUUUCAGCAAUUUCAAGCCCACUAGUCCAGAGUCUUUGCAGCAUCGGUAUGACUGCGUCUGAGAUCAGAUCGGUCGCAAAGUCCUUGACCCACCUGAGCCCAGACGAUGUCCGCUGGGGCAUACUCACGGCGACCAAACAUGAAUUUCCGGAUAGAUGGAUGCUUCGAUACCUGCGUUUCUGCAAGUGGAAUGUCAGCAAGGCUUUUAUUCUGAUUCUGAAUGCUUUGCAGUGGCGAAUAAAGGAAAUGCAUGUGGAUGACCGUCUCCUGCCAGGGGGAGAACUUCUUGCACUUCAACAGUCGCAGGCACCAUCGAUUUCUGCCGACGCACAACUGGCGAGUGGGUUUCUCAGUCAGUUGCGGAUGGGGAAAUGCUAUGUCCAUGGGGUUGAUCGACAAAGCCGACCCUUGUGCGUGGUACGAGUGCGGCUGCAUCGACCCGAGGAUCAGUCCGAGGAGGUGAUGAACCGAUACAUCACACAUAUCAUGGAGUCGGUCCGGCUUCUCAUUGUGCCUCCUGUGGAGACAGCGAGUGUCAUUUUUGACAUGACUGGCUUUUCCCUCGCAAAUAUGGAGUAUGCCCCUGUAAAGUUUAUUAUUCGAUGUUUCGAAUUAUAUUAUCCCGAAUCGUUGGGUGUUUUGCUCAUCCACAAUGCCCCCCGUAUCUUUACAGGGAUAUGGAAGAUCAUCAAAGGCUGGAUUGACCUAGACGUUGUGACGAAAAUCCACUUCACCAAGUCUGUGGAAGAUCUCGCACAGUUCAUUCAUCCCAGUCAGAUUGUGAGCGAGCUUGGAGGUGAUGAGGACUGGGAGUAUGAGUAUACCGAGCCCGAAAUGGAUGAGAACUACUUGAUGGAGGACGACGAAGCGCGCGAUGCGCUACUGACUGAGCGGCACCAUAUCAGCGAGGAAUUCCUUUCCCUUACAUCUCAAUGGAUCGAGGCGACGAGACUCGACUGCCCAGAAGAGGUUGCGAUCGUCAAGUCGCGCCGUUUGGAGUUGAUGGAGCAACUUCGGGUGAAUUACUGGAAAUUGGAUCCUUUUGUCCGAGCCCGCAACUGCCUCGAUCGGACGGGCGUCAUUCAGGAUGGAGGGAGAAUCAAGCACUAUCCAGAUCCUAAACCUCAGGUCCAGAUCGAGACAGCCAAGGUGCUGGAGGUGGCACAUAUUGACCGUGCUCGGGUGAAGCUCAUUAAUGUCUAA